AUACGAAUUUAAAAACUAUUUCGAUGUGAAUUGUUUAAUUAAAUAAUAGUUUGCUAAUUAAAUACAACCCGUGUAAACAGUCUUUAAGUGCCUUGUCGUAUCGAUAAUUUGACACGGCGUAUAGGUGCAAUAAACAACACGCUGUCUUAUGACAAUUAAUCAGAGCUGACACACUGGAGUAAACAAUGUCUUGACUUAUAUUUCAUUUAAAAGAGAGAAUUUUUGCCAAAUCAUCACAGAAAUAAUUCCACAUGUGUCAUUACGCAGUCUUCGGUGAUAGCUAUAUUUCCAGAUUGAAAUAUUUCACACAUGGUAAAUUAGAAAUUAGUAAACCUCAUAUGUUCUUUGGUGUUCCUGGAAUGGCAACAAACAGAAAGUUCGAGGGGAUGUUUGAGAGCUUAAAGACAUACAAACCGAGAUAUGUCUUCAUCAAUCUAGGAGGGAACGAUAUCACAGAUUCAUGCAACCCCCAUGAUAUAUAUCUGAAUAUUAUCAACAUUGUAGAAGAACUGUAUAACUGUGGAGUGGAACGCGUAUUUGUUGCAAGUAUAGUGGAGAGAGGAAAUUUUCCAAAGUGGACUGGUUUAAAUCACAAAUUGUUCAACGUAUACAGAAGAUCUGUGAACAAAAAGUUAAAGAAAUAUUUUGCACGUGAUUUUGUGCAAAUUGGUAAAAGACUGAUCUAUCCGAGACAUAAUGAUUUGGACUUAGUACAUCCAGGAAAUAGACAAGGAGGAAUGAAGAUAUUCAAGCAUGAGGUGUUGAAAGCAUUCAAAAAGACAGAACACUGUUAGUGUAUAUCACCAAAUAUCAUUAAUUUUAUGUUUUA